CCACCCAGCCUACUUCCACCCCAGCCUCUCACACACGCUCAGGCUGCUGGCCGACAAACGCGCACUCACACCAUGCGUACCUGUCCGGAGCACAACCGCCGCCCCGUCUUGGGUUCUACCAAAGCUUCCGGCUGAUAGGAACCGGGACAGCUGACCUGAAGGAUAGAGCGAGCCGCUGGGAUUUAACUGGGUGUUUUUCUCCCUCCUCCUUUCUUCUCCUCCUGGCUGCUGCUUGUGUGGACUUGUGGAGCGGCGCGGUAAAAGGUGAGCUGCGGAGAUUUGGCUGGAGGGAAAGUUGCGCUGUUCAAAGGUUGCGCUGGACGGCAUCAGCGGAGCUGCAGCCAACAAACGCGAUCGGAACCUUUAAUUGGUCGUUUUCUGUCAGGAUUUCCAGUCGGGGGCCCGUGCCAUGAGCGCUGACCUCUGAGCGCGAUCCCUUGGUGUUUGUGUCCUGUGUGAACUGGAAUCAGCGGCCAUCAUGAGGAGCAGCUCUCACAUCCUGCCUCUUGUUGUGCUUACUGCUCUGCUGCUGUCUCAGGUCUGCUCGGGCAUCAAAUGGCUAACGCUGUCACACACUCCUGCCUCCAUACCCGUCAACCAGACGCAGCACUGCAAGCUGCUCCCAAGCCUGGUGUCCUUCCAGGCUCAGCUGUGCCGCAGCAACCUGGAGCUCAUGCAGACCAUCUUCCAAGCUGCCCGCGAAGUCAAGAAAACGUGCCAGAAGACAUUUGCCGACAUGCGCUGGAACUGCUCCUCCAUCGAAAUCCCCUUCGACGCCACAAAGUAUCGGCCGGACCUGGAGAGAGGAACAAGGGAGGCCGCGUUCGUGUACGCGCUCUCCGCAGCAACCAUCAGCCACACCAUUGCCCAAGCUUGCACCUCUGGGGACCUCCGGUUGUGUUCAUGUGGCCCCAUCCCUGCAGAAAUCCCAGAGCCCGGCUACCGCUGGGGCGGCUGUGCCGACAACCUUAACUACGGCUUAUUCAUGGGCGCCAAGUUUUCCGACGCUCCCAUGAAGGUGAAGCGCUCUGGUUCCAGUGCGAACAAACUGAUGCAGCUACACAACAGUGAAGUCGGGAGACAGGUACUGAAAGAGGCAUUGGUGAUGAAGUGUAAAUGCCAUGGUGUUUCUGGAUCCUGCUCCAUAAGGACCUGCUGGAAAGGCCUCCAAGACCUCAGGGAGAUUGCCAUGGACCUGAAGUCCAAGUACCUCUCUGCUACCAAGGUGGUUUACCGGGCUACGGGCACACGCAAGCAUCUUGUACCCAAAGACAUUGAUAUCAGGCCGCUGAGGGAGAAUGAAAUGAUCUAUUUGCACAGCUCCCCUGACUUCUGCACCAAGAAUGAAAAGCAGGGUUCGGUUGGCACACAGGACAGGCAAUGCAAUAAAACAUCCGUCGGCAGCGACAGCUGUGACCUGAUGUGUUGCGGCCGUGGCUACAACCCCUACACAGAGAAGCUGGUUGAGCGCUGCCACUGCAAGUACCACUGGUGCUGCUACGUAACCUGCAAAAAGUGCGAGCGGAUCGUAGAGAAAUAUGUCUGCAAGUGAUUCCGGCUCCACCAGUGGCCCCUCGGCUUUGUACCAAGCCCCUCAAAGGCUACAAAUUAACCAAAGCACUACAGUACCAAGAAGGUUUACUUCUGUCUUCAGCUUUAGCACACAUAUCUCAACAAGAAUUGGUAUAUUCUUGUGCAAUAUCCGUAUCAUAGUGCAUCUCCAAACUUCCAACUGGGCUUCGAAGUUUCUUCCUGCACAAACAUCCAUGGGAAAAGUGUGGCAACAGGGCAAACCAGUUCAUGUGAUGAUCACCGUCCUUCUGGGUAUUAUCAUCUGUCAUGGUAAAAAUGAUAACCCCUGCCGCCAGCAGAGAUACAGAAAGCCAGUUUAAACAUAUCUCUAAUAAAAAGAAAUAAUAUUGGAUUUUAUGCUGACUUAUGUUUGGCAUCCUUCCCUGGAUAUUAAACGGGUGCUUGCGGAUCCUCUUUUUUUUUUUUUUUUUUUUUAAGGUACUAUCAAAAGGUUUUUUUCUUCUGAAAGAGUGGACCAUAGAAGAAAGGGGAACACAAAGGGAAAAACCUCAUUUGCUGUUUGAUCACAGAACAUUUUGUGGUUGAUGCCUGGGACUCAUCACAUGCCCCGCUUGGACCAUGACAUGCCCGAUUCCCUGUGGGAUGACAGAAGAAAUAAAAAAACUUUGUGAAAUGGAGCAUUAUCUCUGUUUUGUCUGAUAUGCAGGCAAAUCAAAAUAUAUUCUAUUUUUCAGAGCAUAUGAGUUUAACAUGGAUUUUGUAUACCACUUUUGUGUGGGUGUAUAUACUGUUAUUUUGUAUACUGAAAUAAAGAAAUAAGUAUUUAUAAAAUGUUCCAUAAUCCUAGACUUUUUGCAUUUUAAAUGAAACACCAUUAAGUGUAAUGUUUUUUAUAUAUUUUAAAACAUUUGGAGCUUAUUUUUUGUAGUGGUUUAGCUCAGAUGCAGUGCCUUGCAAACACAUUCAUACCCAUUGAACUCCAAGGUGUGUUUUUUUUUUACUUUUAUGUGAUAGACCAACACAGAGUAUGGUGAAGGCAAAAUCAAAUAUGGGUUUAAAACGCUUUUCAAAAUAAAAAUCUGAGAAGUG